AUGCCUCCCUCUACUAACAGAGCAUCGAGCAAUCUAACUAAAUUGGCCCAUGCGCUAGGAUUCACCGAUUACCCAGAGGACAAGACAGCCGAACCGUAUCUGAGCUACAUUUUGAAGCAGCAUGCUGGUAGUAAGGGGGAAGAGGACUAUGUCGAGCUGUUCGUUAAGAUCGUCAAGCACUUCCAGACCACCGCAAAUGGUACUAUGACGGCUGCUACAGUGCAGUCGAUCAUAGACGAGCUUUUCUUGACAGGCUUCCGCGGGUUUUUCGCGAACACUACUGUCGGAGAUGGCAAGGAGCUUGUUGAGGAUGCGGUCAUGUGUAUACUUGGAACAUGGGCUACAAUGCUCAGCUCCUUUCAAAACAAGCGCCAGUGUCGUAAGGUUGUGGCAGCAUACUGUAUAUUUGCAGAAGAGACGCGAACACACAAUGCAGCACUCAUGAUGAAACCAGGGACAACGACAGGAACAACGGCAGGGGCGACAGGAACAACAGGAACAACAGGGACCGUACCCGUAACGUCAUCUGCAACUCCAGCACCCUACAGUCAUUCUCUUUCUGACCUCAUUGCACAUAGUGGUCUUCUACCUGGUGGGAAAUGGGAUCAAAGAGUAGACGUGGUGGGAGAUGCAACCACAAAAUUCGUAUCGCUGAUGCUGAACACCUCGAAUAUUCAAAAUCAAAACUCUUUACAGCAUUUGUUUGCAACUACACCCGGGCAAGCUCUGCCACAUGCAAUGUCGUCCUAUGCUAUGUUAGAUGAUCUUGGUGUUCAAGAGUCACUGUCCAUUAGUGCGAAACGUCUCAACGCUUUCACUCUAAAUGUGCUCAGCGGAGUGGAUGUUCAAUGGACACCCAAUGUAUCACGCCACCUACUUCUUACCAAUGUAGGCGGACGCCACGUUCUGGAACUGUUCUCGUUGCCAUGUGCUUUCGAUUCCAUCACAUCUCCCGCUGUAGGCAUAUCGUGGGAGCUCAAACAAGAGAUUGAAGAUUCAUAUGCUAUGCUAUUCAACUCAUGGUACAUGAAGCCAUUACAUGUGAAAUUAGGAGCAUUCAUUGGGAUCCGCAGAGUGUGCUGGUGCCGGUUGUGCUGCGCCUACCGCUACCGUAAGCGAUGCAUCCGCGCCUGUCGCUCACGUGGUCCGGCGACUUCACUACGCAGGAUCAAUAACGCAGCGAAUCCAAUCCACAGCGAUUUCGACCCGGUUCUAGAAAACUUGAUGAUGAAACACUCAAUGAGUGAUUGGACGCCAGAGAGCUUCCCGUCCCUCUGGCCGCGCAUUGCUCGACUCGAAAAACACCUUCAGUCGUCAAGACCUUGGAGUCUAUGGGUGCUAUUUCGCGAUCGCAGGGACACACUGCAGUUCUGGACGUUUCUAUUUGGUACCUUGAUCCUCUUUUUGACCGUCAUGCAGGUCUUUCUUAGUAUUGCGCAGGUUGUAGGCUCCUUCAAGUAG